GAGAGAGAGAGAGAGAGAGAGAGAGAGAGAUUUGUAUUAGAAAUCAAUUGGCAGAAGAACUGCAAGAGAACUCACGAAGCUCCUUUUUUUCUCUACUACAUCUUCACUCCGACAAACCUUCGCCUUUUGCUUCUGUUCUCUUUUGGCACCACAAACGCCAUGAGACCUAAAGAUAAUAACCCUCUGGAUCUCAACAAUUUACCCGAUGACUCUUCUAGAGACCCUCGCCCUGUCUUCGACGAAGGCUCCACAUCAUCCGGUAUGAGUGACAAGGGAGAUGCAGAUCAAGGACGGGGGAAAGAGUACGAGUGCAGAUUUUGUUCCCUCAAGUUCUGCAAAUCCCAAGCUCUCGGUGGUCACAUGAACCGCCACCGACAAGAGAGGGAAACGGAGUCACUAAACAAAGCUCGUGAACUUGUUCUUCGCAACGACAGCUUUCCAGCUCCACAAGGAACCCCGGCGUUUUGCUAUCAUCCAACAGGCGUGCAUAUAGGUGACACGUCACCGUAUAGACCGAUGUACCCUCCAAGGCUAUUCUCCACCGUUCUUCCACAGCCGCCGCCGCUGCUGCCGCCGUAUGUUUAUCCUCCGCCGCCCCAGUUUCCUCACUACCAUACCAACGAGUACUAUUUAGGCCACAACGGUGAAGGGGUGGAAUUACCAUCGUGCCCUUCUCACCAAACCCUAAACCACUCGGCUGCAAGUGGUGCGCCGCAGGGGCCGAUCCACGCCAUCAUAGGUGCACCUAUAGCCCGUGGCCGAGGCGUCCAUCCUCUUCUUCGGCCGCGUCAAGGGUUGUAGGGAAUGAAGAAAAUGUGGGUAUUGUUGGAUCAAAAACCUAAUAAUAAUUUUAAAUGGCAUUGUUGGGAGCUUACGGUAAUAUUGAAGGAGACAUGACAAAGCGAGAAAAUGACAAAGAGAGAGAAAGAAGAGUGUCAUGCAAUUGGAGUCAAGUAUUUGGGAUAUGAAUCGGAGCAGCUUUUAUCUGUAUUUAAUUUUUCUUUAUCUGCUA